GUUGAGUUAGAAACAACGAUAUUACGGCACCACCAGUUUUUGCACCAUUUGAAACCACUGUCUGAUACGAAUUUCUAUCACUUUUCCAAAAGAGUAGUUCCAAUUGAUAGUUUUCGACCAUUUUCAAAUACAAUUUCAAUUGCAAUUGGCUACAAAUUUCCAUUCGAACAGGAAAACGAAGAAAAACAAUUUUCAAAAAUUCAACGAUUUAAAGAAAAAAAAUUAACGAUUAUUUCAGACCACAACCGAGAAUUGAACCGUAACGGUGAAAAAAAAAACAUUUAAAUUGACAAAAAAAAAUUGUUAGAAAAAUUGUGCGUAAAAAAAACUUAAAUUGAAAAAAAAAACGAUAUACUGCCGAAAGGAAGAAAGAAACGAGCAAAUAUUGAUAUUUAAAAGACAUUUUCAAAAGCGAUCAUUAGAUAUUCAGGUGUUUCAAUCACACUAAUCAAUUCAUAUCGUACCGUUUUUAUCAAAUAUACAUAAAUAAUAAUCAAUUUUCUGCGUGUUUUUGUGAAAAUAAUUAAAUAAAAUAAAUAAAUUUCAUUGCACAUCUUGAUAUAUAAAUAAAUUUCGAUAGCCCUCCAAACAAACAACAUCUACAGAAAAAAAAAAUUGGUUACACACAUUCUGUGUUUUGUGCGCGAAUAGUGAAUUAGAAUUGUGUGCUUUACGAAUUAACAUAGCGUUAGAAACGUGCAGCAGAAAACAACUAUUGUAAUUAAUUAAAAGAAAAAAAAAUCUGCAUCGUGUAUAUGCUCGAACAGAAGCUCAGAGAAAAAUUACAUAAAUAGAGAGAAAGAGAGCGAAAGAAAGAGAAAAAGACGCGAUUCGAAAAUUAAAUACACGGUUAUUAUUUUGUUAUAUUCUCGCUCUUAUAUUGAAUAUUAUAACAAAGAAGGUGCAAAACAUUGCAUGACUACAGUACAUUUAGUCAAUAUCGGUGUUGUUCUCGGUGGUCUCUCUUAAUUCUCAUUGGUGUAUAUUUGUGUAUGUGUAUAUUCUACAAUUUGUGACUAUUUGCAAUUCUAUUGUUCACAUUUUGAAAAUUAAAAUACAAUCAGACGAGAGAGGAAAAUAAGCGAGUAAUUUUGCUGAGAAUCAGAAACUGAGAAGAAGCAAGAACCGAACGAGAAAGAAAGAGAAGAAAAAAAGUAUAAUCAAAUAGAAUUUUAUUCAUAUUCCUAGCGAAUAGUGUAAGUUGUAUGAGUAAUUUUACGAUUUUACAUGUUUAUUCAUAGUUUUUUGCGAAUGUGAUAAAAACCGAAUUGCAAAUCAACAACAACUCUUCUAUAUAUUGAAGCAACGAAAAUCAUUUUUCCUGUUCUGUUUCAAUUUGUUUUGCUACUUUAACUUCCCUCUCCUUGCCCGUGUGAGGUGAAACACAUAAAUUAAACCGAGAAAGAAUAAAAAAAAACACCUUUUUUAUCAACGUAAUUUUGUUGAAGAGUUUCAGUGUUUCUGUUGGCUAAUUAAAUUGGCGAUACAGCGAAUAAGUAAAACGUACAGAAAAAUAAUAAGAAGUAUAAUAAAAUAAGUAUAGAGACAAUUGUUGUUCGUUAGUGUUAACUAGUGAUUUUCUUAAAUUUAACGAAUUGUGCAUUUGGAAUUUAAAGCCUGAUCAAUCGAAUUCAAUUUGGAGAGUGUUUGACUUUUAUCAACGCAAGCACGAGCAAAGAAUCGACACAUAUGGUGUUUGAUUCAUCGCUGCUAUCAUAAAAUCCAGCACCAUUUCGUCGACUGCAAUAAAACGAAGGCCGACGCUGCCUAUCACGUCAGCUAGUGCCCCGCAGGUUUUGUCACCAAAACGACUGUGCGCUGCCACUGCACCCUAUCAGACACAACAGCAUCAUCAAGCCUUGUUGGCAGCUUAUUCAAUAGCUUCAGAAACGGCAACAAUUAACCAUCACGUUUCGCAUUUACCGGCUGCAGUAGCUGCUGCACAUUUACAACAUCAACAAUUGCAACAUCAUUUAAAUAAACAACAACAAGUGCAAUCACAUCAUCAAGCCUUAUUGGCCGCUAAUCCAAUCGCUGGGAAUCCAUCUGCUGCACUUGCAGUUAUCGCUGCCGCAAAAAACGUUAAUAGUCAACCACAACAGCAACAACAACAGAACGAUCCAAAUUCAUUGAUAACAUCACAACCGAAUCUAAGUACACAAGUGUCUACAUCAACAACAACUGUAUCAACGAACACCAUGGACAAUUCUAUGGGUCAAAUUGUACCGAUGACAUCAUUGGCAUUAUCACAAAGCAUGGAUUCAGUCAAUACAGCUACGAACGAAGAAGAGGUUCGCACACUCUUCGUCAGUGGUUUGCCGAUGGAUGCUAAACCGAGAGAACUUUAUUUGCUAUUCAGAGCUUAUGAGGGCUACGAAGGAUCGUUAUUGAAAGUAACAAGUAAAAAUGGAAAAACUGCAUCGCCGGUUGGAUUUGUUACGUUCCAUACACGUGCUGGUGCUGAAGCAGCCAAACAAGAUUUACAGCAGGGUGUUCGAUUUGAUCCUGAUAUGCCACAAACAAUACGUUUGGAAUUCGCUAAGAGUAAUACAAAAGUGAGCAAACCAAAACCACAGCCUAAUACAGCGACCACAGCUGCACAUCCUGCAUUGAUGCACCCACUUACUGGACACUUAGGUGCACCAUUCUUUCCUGGCGGACAUGAACUAUGGCAUCAUCCAUUAGCAUAUUCGGCAGCUGCAGCCGCCGAACUACCGAGCGCUGCUUUGCAGCAUGCAAUAGUGCAUCCGGCACUUCAUCCACAAGUGCCGGUACGAUCCUACCUUUGACUAAAUCCAGAGAAAAUGAUUGAUCAACCUAUGCAAAACCAAAUCACUUUACAACAUCCAUCAGCAAUGCAUCCACAAUCAAUGCAAGUAUCGGCUGGGCUACCACCCGGUCAUUUUUUACCAAGUCCGGCCUUGGCUAGCCCAGUAG